AAUCAACAUCCGAGACAUUCCUACACCGUUCGAAGUUUGCAACGGUUUAGGGUUUGUGUGUGUUUUGUAAGGAUUUAAGUGCAUGUGUGAAGGUUUAGUGAGUUAUCUGCUUGGGUGUAGAUUUAAUAUCUACUAGUUUCUGUGUAUGGUUGAUGGACGUGGUGUGUCUGUAGUUACCUGGAGGUACUUAGCCAGCCGUCUGCUUCUAGAGGUUUGGGUUACCUGAGCUCCACCGGCUUGGCAGAAGGACAGCAAUCACCUUUACUACAGGACAGAGUCCAAAACCUCAUUCUUGUUCUGAGGAACUGUAAAGGUGUGUGUGUGUGUGUGUGUGUAGUUCUGUGGGAGGGACUAGUAGAGGCACAGGGACAGAGGUGACACAGGUGAGAUAUAAAAGCAGGUGUGUGUGUGACCGUGUGUAUCUGAGGAUCACACUCAAUCACCUCUCGUCCGUCUGUGUCUGCUGACCAGAGAACAGACUUGGGGAUUAUCAGACAGUUGAUGAGAUUUAGGGGAUCAACACACACACACAGAGGAGAGAAAGUGAGACUCCCUACUGGAACCUCUCUCGCCCUCUGAAGAGCACCGGCGUUGUGUAUUGUGGUGAAUACUGUAAAAGAGGAGAGUAGACUGGAUAUUUGUAGUCUUUUCGUCUUUGAACUUGGCUGCAGUACAGAUUGCAGAGUACAGACACUAUAGUCCAGGAUAGAACUUUGGAACUGUUCUCGCUGUGGACACACUUGUUGCCAUCUCUCGCACUCAGUCUUCAGCUCUCCAACUGAUGACAACUAUGACCAGACCACAGAAGAUACGCCUGGAGCUCUGACUGCCAUUCACACCUAGACCUCAACCAUGGAACCCCUCCAUAACAGCUCAUAAGCUAUCAUAACAACCUGUGGAACUUUAACAGUUCCUGUCCCGUUCAAACAAGGGUGAGAACAGAGCGAACCAACCUGCCCGUCUCCACGGACGGACGAGAUCAUGUACGUGCUGUGCACUCUGGUGGUACUGAGUAUCCACAGCCUCUUUAAGAGCCGACACAAGGCCCUGGAGCCCGGCGAUAAAGUGGCUAGAGAUGGGGCCACGCUGCCUGGGGACAAGGCCCCUCCACUAGGGGAGGGAGGCAGGUCAAGGGACCCCGGGCCUGGAGGUCUUGGAGGGGGUGUGGGGCCAAGGGAGAAGGAGAGGGGGAUGACUGUAGCCCUCUCUCAGGAUAAGAGGCAGAGGGCUCCUGUUGUAGACAGGAUGGCUGCAGGCUGCAACUUCACAGGCAAACAUGGUGGUGACGGGGAGCUGCGCUGCAGCCAGGGCAGGCUGGGAUGCGGAGAAGGCAGCCUGGAGAAUGUGCCGGACAGCAGAAAACGAUUGCAGCCGGUCCAGAGACCCAGUGCUCUGCUCAGCCCUGCGGUCAUGUUCGGAACAAGAAAGACCUGGGACCUUGGCCACGCCCCCUGUCUGCAGGAGCUCUGGAAGAAAGACGUCUCAUUGGAUGCGAGCUCUGUGGACUUUUUGAUGAGUGAUGGUGAGGAGGACUGCUCCUUCCUGUCUCUACCCGCAGCCGCUUUCCCACAACACACCGCUCUGACCACUACUGACCAAUUAGAAACCAGCCAGCACAACCACGACCAACAGCUACUCAUACAGAAGGUCACCUGGUCCUGUUCCUGGACAUCUGCCUAUACACUGCAGGAGAAAGUGUGCGAGUUCCAGGCGCGUCUGCGACGCGAGGAAGCUUCCCGGUGUCUGCAGCUGCAGAGACUGCAGCAGAGUCACGAACAGAGUCCGCAGGAGAAGACUAACGUCAUACACACUCUACAAGAGGAGCUGUACACAGCCCUGCCCAACGGUGUUCGGGCAGUGCAGAGGCUGGGUGAGCCACAGGAGCAUCAGCAGCACAGCAACCGUCUCAUUCAGGAAGGAGAGCAGCUCAUCGCAGCGCUGCGCACACAGGUGGGGGAGCUGGAGGAGAAGCUACUAGACCAGAACCAGGAGGUGGAGAGACUGCGCUCGGAGCUGGGGGCGACCGACCUGGAGAAGCACCUGGAGCUGCUGGUGGUCGAGAACGAGCGGCUGAAGCAGGAGCUGAAGGCAUGCAAGACCUCACUGCUCCAGGAGCCUCCUCCACCGGCCUGCACAACCACUGACUGCCCCCACAGCCAGGAUGCGGAGGCCCUGCGUGAAGCGGUGUCUCGCUGGGAGAGCCAGGCCAGACCGAGGCAGAAGAGGCUGGCUGAAUUGGAGCAGCAGGUCCUGGAGAAGGCCAGCAGGGUGGAGACGCUCAGCCGACAGCUGGAGGAGUCCAAGCGCCACGCGGAGGAGAUGCAGAGGCAACUGGAGGAGUCUAAGUGUCAGCAGGGGGAGGUGGAGCAGCAGCUGAGUGUGCGGCUCAGAGAUUGUGAGGAGGAGCUGGCCAGACAGGCCACCCGGCCCCAUCAGGUCAAGUAUGUGACUGAGAUAGUGGAGGUGGAGUCGUCAGAGUCUCAGCAGGCCGUAGCCGAGGCCCAGGCCAAGAGCGUCGCCCUGCAGGAGCAGCUAUCACUGCAGAGACAGCUGCUCCGAGAGCUGGAGACACAGUUGCACGAUUCCCAGAGGACCAGCACCCAGCUCCGAGCUCAGCUGCGUGCGGACCGUGGCCGUAUCUGCGGCCUGCUCUCCAAGGCCGUCGGAAGGGGCAAUGGCGCGGUCAUUUGCAGGUUGUCUAAGAUCCUGGUGUACGAGGGGGAGAUGGAGCGGGCCCAGGGCCAGUUAGAGGCUGAAAUGCAGAACCUGGAGGAGGAGAAGAACAGGGUGAUAGAGGAGGCCUUCAUCAGGGCCGAAAGCGAGAUGAAGGCCGUGCAUGAGAACCUGGCAGGGGUGCGUAUGAACCUGUUGACCCUGCAGCCAGCCCUGCGUACUCUCACCUGUGACUACAACUGUCUGAAGAGACAGGUUCAGGACUUCCCCUUCAUGCUGGAGAAGGCCAUCACCGAGGCCAAGCAGGAGAUCUGCCAGGUGAUAGGCGAGGUGAGCAGUGCCAACCAAGAGCUGCUGAGGAAGUACAAGAGAGAGAUGAACCUGAGGAAGAAGUGUCACAACGAGUUGGUGCGCAUCAAAGGUAACAUCAGGGUGUUCUGUCGGGUGCGGCCGGUGUGCCGGGGGGAGCAUGAUUCUGCCGAAAACAUGGUCAGCUUUGACCCAGACGACGAUGCCCUUCUCUAUCUUUCCAACAAGGUCAAACUGAUGACCUUUGAACUGGACAAGGUGUUCCACCCUCAGGCCACACAGGAAGAGGUGUUCCAGGAGGUCCAGUCCCUGGUGACGUCCUGUAUUGAUGGCUUUAACGUGUGCAUCUUCGCCUACGGACAGACUGGCUCAGGAAAGACCUACACCAUGGAGGGUGUGGCCAAGGACCCGGGCAUUAACCAAAGGGCUCUCAGACUGCUGUUCUCUGAGGUGACUGAGAAAGCGCCCGACUGGGACUUCAAGAUCACUGUUAGCAUGGUGGAGAUCUACAAUGAGACCCUACGGAACCUUUUGGGGGACAUCCAGGGUGAGAAGCUGGACAUCAAGAUGAACCCGGACGGUAGCGGUCAGCUCUAUGUGCCAGGCCUCACGGAGUUCACUGUCCAGAGCCCUGAGGACAUCAACAGGGUGUUUGAGCUAGGUCACAUGAACAGGGCCACAGCCUGCACCAAUCUGAACGAACACAGCUCCCGCUCUCACGCCCUCCUCAUCAUCACCGUAGCAGGCGUCAACUCCUCCACUGGGCACCGCACGCAAGGUAAGCUGAACCUGGUUGACCUGGCUGGCUCAGAGCGAAUUGCUAAAUCUGGGGCAGAGGGCAGCCGUCUGCGAGAGGCCCAGUGCAUCAACAAGUCCCUCUCGGCCCUUGGUGAUGUCAUCAAUGCGCUACGGAGCCGACACUCCCACGUGCCCUUCAGGAACUCCCGGCUCACCUACCUGCUGUCUGACUCACUGAGCGGGGACAGCAAGACCCUGAUGAUGGUGCAGGUGUCUCCCCUGGUCAGUAACAUGAGUGAGUCGGUGUGCUCUCUGAAGUUUGCCCAGCGGGUACGGACCAUCGAGCUGGGCAAUGCCACCAGGAGACAGUGGGAGAAUUCCUCCACCUCCUCCUCGCCCACCCACGACAGCGUGGAGCUGGACUCUCCCCCGGUGACUCCCGUGCCCCUCCCCAUCUCUCGGGCCAGCAGUGCCGGCUCCACCCUCUCUGCCUCCUCCAAAACCCCCACCACACGACGGAGGUCUCAGUCCCAGCUCUCUACAGACAGGCUGUUAGGCAGAUCCAUCCCAUUGGUGGGGGACGGUGGGCAGGACGACUGAAACUGUCUGUCUGAAGGCUCCAAUGGAUUCAGAAUGAAACCGGACCUUGAUCCAGUCAGCCAUUGGGCCAUCUGAACAGGAGGGUGUUAACCAGCACCUUGACCCACCAAUAGAAAGUCUCUGCCUUGGGAACAACUUAUCCACUAUCAGCCCUGUCCCCUUCUGCUGAUCUCACUCAGCCAAUGGGUGAGAGCAACUGGACUAGGCAAAUUAUCAGAUCUGACCGAUCGAACGGUGACAUUUUAAUUUGAAGAGCAGAGGGGUAAAGAGGGGGAUAUGAACUUUGACCCUCAUGGAUGGCCGCCUCAUGCUGCGUACUGAGACUCAGUCCCAAUGCUCUAAAAUUUCUUCAUUACCACUGAUAGCUGAAAGGAAUCGAUAGGUGUUCAUUUUAGCCAGGACUGUUGUACAGCCCCCCCAUAUCUUAACUAUGUGCCCUCGUCUAUACCCCUGAAGGAACACAACACACCAGACUUCCACACCUGACUAGGGGCCAAAUGGGAGGAGCACCUGAGAGUAACACAGGCCCGUGUCCUAAAAACAACUCUCAUAAAGAAACCCUUUACCCCUCACAGCCCAGAACAACUUCACCCCACCUUUCACUCCUUUCCCUUUGACCCUUAAACUGAGCCUGUGAUCUAUUCUCCCAUUGGCCAAUGGACUUCCUCAAAAUAAUGCCGCACCCACACCCCUAGUGCUAACUAGUCCCAUCAUCCACUAACAGUAUAGCCCUUCUAAUCACAGUAUUUCUGGGUAAAAAUGCACUUUAAACAAGGCUGUUACCUUCUUGAUGUGUUUUAUAACAAUGCUCCAGUUAUGGAUUAUGAUAAUAUGCAUAUACAGUACAUAUGUGUGUUUUGAGAUGUUUUUAAUCCCUUAAAUCUCCUUUGGUUGUUUUUUUUAACGAGGAUUCCAUCCUGGUCUCCUUCUACACUUUCUCCCCCUCAUCCAAUCAGGGUACUCCACAGAUAUGUUACUGUGGAGUACCCAAUAAGACGCAAGCAAUAGAGAUGUGAGUGCAGAGAGAGGUUAACUUCCUGUGUAGCCGUUUGUGUUUUAGAUUUCUCCAGGGCAAUACAGAGCUGCCUCAGAACUGCAUGGAAACGUUCAUGUUGUCGUGUUUCUUGUACCGAGCGAAUAAAGCUAGACCGACUCAAACUCCCUGACAGACAGGAAAUGCCAUUCCUGUUAUUGGAUGCUGCCGGUUGGAGUUGCCCAGAGGCACAUUUCUAGGAUCAGAUUAUUCAAUAGGGACACAACACAACUGACCCUAGAUCUGCAUCCAGGACAGCCUUAUCCUACUCCCUAUGGCUGACCACAAGCAGCAAAUGACAACGGAUCGCCUCACGGAGCAGACACAUGUAGCUACAGAAAUUGCUGCCCCUGCGGGAGUGAUUAAGCUUGUGAACUGUUUUUCAAAAUGUAUCCAGUGUAAAUAGGAAUGCUUAGUACACUUGAUCAGCUGAUCGAUCAAUACAUAUCGGCUGUGCUUCUUCAAUGUUAAACCAAUGUUCCCUUCAUGUCCAAGGAACAUUGAGGACACGCUGCAUCAUGUUGGUUGUUGAUGGGUAUCUUUGCUUGCUUUUGUCUUUGUUGUAGCUGCCGUAGGUUUCUACAGUCUUGUUUUUGUACACCCUUUUUAAUAAACACUCGAUACCAAAUGGAA